UUUAGCAUUUCUUUGUGACAUGGUGGAGAGGAAGAAGCCUCUGGCUGAACACACUGCAUCAGGAGCAGCUUCUGGAAAAGAGGUCCUCAAAUCCAGGCCUGAAGGGUUUACCGGAAGUAGCGGUGACGUUGCGCUUUUUCCGGUAACUUGUGUCAUCAUCAGGAGGAAGUUCUUCGAAGACCGAGGCGCCCGAAGUGAAUUAACCCCCUAAAGAAGAUUUUAUCCCGAGAUAAAAACUGACGAUGGCCGACAAUACACCGAAAGACACAGAAGCCAAAGAUGCUUCUGGUCCAGAGAAAAAGACCCAAGAGACAGAGGUUCCAGCAGCUCCAGCCAAAGACCCGCCAUUUCUGCCUGAAAUCCGCCUGGUGGUGUUGGGAUGGAGGUGGCCGGGGAAGAGCCUGACAGCCAACACCAUCCUAGGCAGAGAGGAGUUCCACCUGGAGCGAGCGGCCGAGUUCUGCAUCACCAGGGAGACGGAGGUAGAUGGCCGCCAGGUGGUGGUGGUGGACACUCCCGGCUGGUUCUCCGCGCAGGACACCCCGCCCUCCUAUAAACAGGAGCUGGUCCGGGGCGCCUCUCUUUGCCCUCCGGGUCCUCACGCCUUCCUGCUGAUCAUCCCCGUGGGCAUGUUCACGGAGGUCGACCGCGCACGCAUCGAGGAGAACGUGAGCCUCUUUGGGGAGCACGUGUGGAAUCACACCAUCGUGGUGUUCACUUGGGCGCAGGUGUUGAAGAAGAUCACCCUGGAGAGAUACAUUCACAGGGAGGGCAAAGAUCUGCAGUGGGUGUUGAGGAAGUGUAAGAAGAGGCUCAUACUUAUUAACAACAGCAUCUUCGGGGACAAUCCCCAGGUGGGAAAGCUAAUGAAGAAGGUUGAGAAGAUGGUGGCAGAGGAAGGGGGCCACUACAGUUUAGAGGUGAAAGAGAAACCUUUGGAUGUGAACCAGAAUCCGGCCAGGCCGGCGCAGGAGCUGGGAGCCCGACCCAAACAGAACUCUGGACUGAACCUCUCGAAGGCCUCGGAGGCAGAGCAGACCUGCAUCGACUAGUUUUAUUGUUUUGCUUAAAGUCGUCAUGUGACCAAAAGAGGGUGAGGAAAACUGAUGAGUCACAGCUGCCUCUCUCUCUCUCUGGGAGUGGAUCACGUUAAACACGACUUUCAUGCCACACCGACUACAAUCAGCUUCUUUAUUCAGAGUUAGUUCACCCUUUAUCCACUGAUAACUCACGUUUCCCCAGGCUCUUGUACAAUCACAGUAUCGUGUUUGAGUCAGAAAUAGUGUUGGGACUCAAUUAAAGUAUCUAAUUCAAUUAAUUAGUAAUUAAACGCAUUUUAUUCUAAAACCAUAUAUAGGCAGAAUAAGAAAUAUUUUCUAUUUAAUAAGACCCUUUGUUUUUAAUUUGUGAUUUCGGUUAUUCAGCCUUCACGUUUCGGGAACCUCUGUCCACUCCUAGAACCUCUGUGAAAAAAUACUUCUUUAGAUAUGUGAACUAUGGAAGCUGAACAUCUCUGCUGCUGUGACAUGUUUUACGUUGAGAUGGUAUUUCAGACUUGAAUAGCUUUCUUUUUGCACAACUUGCAAACAACAGUAGUCUUUUCCAGCGUCAUACUGGAUCGCUUUUUAAAAAUGAACCCCCAGUGGGCCAAGAGAAGCGGCUUUUGUCAUCCAUCAUUGUUGUUUGUGGAUGCCGCUUGUGCAUCUGAUGUACGGAUGUACCAGAAACACAAUGCAAAGGUUCCAGGUCAAAAUGAACAAAAAACUAUUAUUUGUGUUGCAGUUUUUAACACUUGAAUUAUAUGUAUUUAAUUAUUAAAGAUUGUCCCUUUGCAGAGUAAAACAACUUUCUUUUUUGAUGCUGAAGUUAAAGCUCUUAAAGUAACAGCCAAAUGCCAAUUUGGAUGCAAAUUACAAUUAUACAUUUUUGUUUUAUUUUGGGGAGAACAGAUUUAAAAAAAAACAACAAAACAAUAAUGUGGUGAACAUGCUUAACUUUAUUGUGGAUUUUCUGUAUUCCACAAAGCUAAUAUAAUGACAGCGGUUUAUAAGAACGCAUGUAGACAUUAAGUUAAGUGAAGUUUAACUCUCUUUUUCUGUGUUUGG